UCGUCGGCUUCUUCGCCAUCAUGUCUUGGGCGCUGUCUCACAGCGGCCAGGCGGGCAGCCAGGCGGGCAGGCACCAGCUUCGUUCGCCCUGCCGCCAACCACAGAGAACGCAAACGGGCUGAUUGGCCGAUCGCAGAUGAUAUGCAGCCCGCAUCCGGGACUCCUGCACCGGUGCAUUCGAUUGACUGGCUAAUCAACAAUACGGAUACAGAGAACUGAGUUGGGUGUUUUCAGUUAAUAGAUGGCCGUCAUAGCAGGUACUGGGGCCCAGCUGGCUGGCAGGGACAGGCUGGUAAACGCUUUACUUGUCAUCCUUGUUGAUUGGGUGCUUGUGUCCGUGCGGAGGCAAAGUCAGGUCAGGCAUGGCUGGAAUAUCCGAAGAAACUUUGCUUUAGCCCAGUGCAGUGCAGGCCAAGAGUCAAACAAAUCAGAUCCUCGCGGUCCAAGCUACGGACCGUUAGUGCGGGCCCUGUUUUCGAGAUCGAGGGGACGCCCUUUCCAUCUGGCUUUCGUUGGCUGGUCACGGCAGGCACACGAACAAACUGAUGGGCUAGAGUCCAGUCACUGUCACUCUCCGGUUCCAGCCUGUCUGACAGUGAGUGACACGCAUGGCCGCCACCUUUUUGACUGGCUUGCGAUUUCAGCGUUCAGCGAACGAGGAACUGGUGCCUUGCGUCGAGCGUCGAGUGACUUGAAACCUGGCUCCUCCAGCCAGUCAGUCACUCACUCACUCACUCACUAUUCCGAGUCCUCCGUCCACAUAUCCAUCCAUCCAUCCAUUAUUCACAAUUACACGCCCCCCCUUUCUUAUGGGCUUUGCACUGCUUCAACCAACACCCAGCCAGCCCACCUUCCGUGCCUGGAUUACCACUUAUUACCUGCCAGACAGACGUCGCUGCGGUUCGUGCAGGCCAUCUCGUUUGACUCGAUAGGUUUUUAAACUCGAGGCGCCCACGCCAUACUUACUUGUCGGGCCCUCGAAUUUCCGCAUCCUUCGGCAUCCUGCCUGUUGCCCCGGGCUUUACCAUACCUGACAGCAGAAAUCCCAGCCCCAGCCAUCCUCCGGCGCUUACCUGUCCACCACAUCACCACCAGGGCUCGGGUCAGUGCGCCCACGACUGCACGCCCGAACGAGUGCAAGCGACGCAAAAUUAUCGACAACAAAUACUUCGUCGCCGUCAUCAUUACCCUCUCGGCGCCCAUUUCGAUAUCGCUUCGGUCCCCAUGGCCGCGGCGUUCCGACCGGUGAACUCGCCUCUCGCCUCGGAGGCGGCCACCAACAGCAGGAGCAUCAUGACGCCAUCAUCCUCCUCAGCGACCCCAACGCCCCGACCGAGCACCGCUCCGCACACAGCGACAAACGC